AUGUAAAAGGAUUAAUGUAACGGUGAUAUAUGCACCAAUAAUUUAGUAUAGAUGAUAUUUGAUAGAGAAAAUGAUCUGCCAGAUCCAGAUCAGCCUUAAUAAAUAAUGAAAGACCCAAUUAAAGAUGGAAAAGGUAUUGAAAUUGCAGAUAAAUGCAGUUAAUAACCAAUUAAAGAUCUAAUUAAAUAUUCUAACAAUGAUUAUGCAAUUCUAUAUAUUUGUUCGAAUGUGUUGAGAAUGAGAAAAUUCAAUUCAGCUGGAGAAGAAUUAAAAUUUAUUGAAAUUACUGUUGAAAAUAUUCGCCUUUUUGAUGCAACUGUAGUAAAUGAUAAUAUCUACAUGACUAUGGUUUAUUAUUCAGAUACAAAAAUUAGUAAGGUUUAUAAAUUAGAUGAAAGUACAAAUAAAUUGAUACCAUAAUUGGAUCAGAGUUGUGAGUUAGAUACUUAGGAUAUUAAAAUUGAAAGUUUGCAGAUGAACUAUCUUAUCUUGAUUACUUGUCUAAAGAAUUAUGUAUUUGAUACUGUCUCUUAAAUUGGACUAUCAUAAUCAUUGUUUUCAUAUGAUACAUUAAAUAACAAUCUCUUUCAAAAAAUAGAUGUUAAUAAUCCUGAUAUCUUUACUAUUGAUGAUUGUAAUAAAAAUAUCAUUAAAGCAUUUAAAGUAUUAGGGAAUAUGAUCUAUUUAAUAAAUGUCAACUAAUAUUAUGUAAAAAUAAUCGUAUUAAAUGACUAUGGAGGUUUAGUAUCUACUUAUACAGCUGAUGUUCCAAAUAUCACUUAAAUAAAACUUGAUAGGAGUAAUGAAUUAACUGCAAUAAUGUACAAAAUAAGCGGAAAAGAAAAUUGGAUAUUUAAUAUCUGUUUAGACAUUCAACUUUGUUUUAAUAAUAACUAAUAAAAAGUACGUAGAUUCUAAGAUUUUUCAUUUGCUCUACUCUUAAAUUAAGUUGUUAUUUCAUAUUGUGAUAAAUUAAACUAGAAACUGGUUUAUAAAAUUUUGAAUAAUGUUGGAGAAACAAUAUUUUCAGAAACAAUUUAAAUUGAUUCUAAAAUAAGUAGACCAUUGUUAGUUACCUUCUCUAAUUAGGAAAUAGGAUUUGCAUGGGAUCAUUAAAAUAAUGAAGCAUAAUGGGGAUUAUAAUUAUCAAUACUUAAUGAUACUGGAGAUUUAGAUAAGGUAAUAAUUAGUACCUGUUCACUCAAUUGUGCCUAAUGCACGAGCAGUACUGAAUGUACAAAAUGUUUAGCAGGGUACUAACUUUAGCACAAUAAAUUGCAAAAUGGGAUGUAUUGUGAAUAAUAGGUUGAUUACAGUUGUUUUAUCUCUAUGGGCAAUUACUGUAUUUAAUGUUCUGAAAAUCGUUAUCCUUAUGAAUCAAAAUGCGUGGUUGACGAAUUCUAAUCUAAGUCAUUGGUUGUUAAUGAAUUUACCUAGUUCACUCAAAGUAAGCCUUCUAUAGCUGCAUUUAGUGAUGGUUCCGUAAUGGCAAUCUGGAAUGGUAAUUAUGAAAAUGGAUUUAAUUGGGGUGUUUAAGGUUAGGUGUUAGAUAGUUAGAGAGAAAAGAUAGGAAAUAACUUUUAAGUGAAUUAAAUUACUCAAGGAAACCAACAUUCUGUUUAGAUUUAAAUAUUAAAUGAUGAUACUGCCAUUAUUUUAUAUGUUGAUGGUAACCCAGAAGAAGGAGCUUUACUUAAGAUUGCCAGAUUCACUAAAAAUUAAUAACGAAUUGGUGAUGAUAUAGAUAUAGAUGUCAUUAAACUAAAUAAGUUUAGUAUUAAUAGUUUGGAUUACAUAGCAAAAGUGAUUAAAUUAAAGAAUGGAGGAUAUGUAAUUGGAUACAUAACAUUAAGUGGUGAAUCAUAACAAAAUAUAUUAAAAGUAAAGUUCUAUAAUUCCGAUAAUUAGCAAGUAAAUUCAUAAGAAAUUUUAGGUGAGAUUGAUGUAGAUAAAUUAUUCUGGAUAUCAGCUACUGAUAUGAAUGUUGCUGUUAUUUUUAGAAUAUAAGUGAAUGUUUUUACGUUUGAUGGAUCACUAAUUAUUUCUUAAGGAUUAUAACCUUAAAUCUUUAGCAAUCAAUUUUGCUUAAGUAGUAUUUCAUAAUAUUUUGUCAUUGUAUUUUCUACAUAUGAAAAUUCUAAUGUAUUUACAUAUGCUCAAUUUUAUGAUCAAAAUUUUUUUCCUUUGUUUGAAUAUCAAAAAUUGAUCAAAUAAUUCCCCUAAUAGUAAGAUAAUAAUUACUGGUAAAUUUCGUUUAUUCAACUUGAUUAAUAUAAAGGAGGACUUUCCAUAUUAAUUGAAAUUGUUAAAAACAUUGUAUCUGCAACUUAAGAAUAGUAUUAUCUUAGUGGAAAUAUGGAGGUUCAAUUUGUGAAUAAAUAUAUAAUCAAAGAUAAUUGGGACAAUUUUAACUUUAUGAAAAUCAUUGAAUCUGUAGAUCAAUCAUUUUUUGUGAUCUGGGUUGAUUAUAAUAUUAUAAAUAAAAUUGACCCUUCAAAUAUUCGUAUUUAAAAAAUGAGUGCUUAAGGAGAAUAUUUAACUAAAAUAGUAAACUAUUGUUUCAAUAAUUGCAUGUAAUGUAGCAGUGAAAAUAUUUGUACCUAAUGUCCUGAUAACUAUUAAUUAAAAGAUGGGGUCUGUUUAGCAAUUUGUUAGGAGAGUUGCAUGGUUUGUAUCAUUCCAUCUAUUUGUUAUUUAUGUAAGGAUGGAUAUUAUGAAGACACUUUAGGAGUAUGUGCUCCUCUUAAGCCAGACUAUCAUAAACCUCAAAUUAUUUAAGAAAUUGAGGGUGAUAUUUAUGAACUUGUAGGUUUAAAUGAUGGAACUAUUUGCUUUUUCACUUUAUAUCAUCCAUUAGGCAACAGCAUCUAUUACUGGAAUUUUUACAUCAUUUCUGAAGAAAUAUAGAUUAUGAAAGUAACAAUUGAAAGAUCAAUCGUUUUCUAAUCAUCCAUCUACUUCUAAUAAAUCGAAUAAGAUUAUGUUGGAAUUAGUUAUGCAUUAGAGUUUAUUGAAGUAAUAAGGAUCAGUUAAAAUUAAUAAGUUAUCUUAAAUAAAGUUAUAGAUCUUAGUAAGGUCAGUUUAGAUGUGUUUUUAAGUAAAGACUGUGUGAUUUUAGAGGCAUAGGUAAAUAAUUAAUAUUCGCUAACUUACUGUUCCGUUACUUGGGAUUAAAUCAUAACGACAAGAAUUCAUAGGUUAAUUUUGGAUUCUGA